AUUGAGUCUCUUGCACAGCAACGUCAUGCAUCACUCGAUGACGUCACUCACAAUGGCGAGAUCAUUGUUUCGUUCUUUCUUUUUAUUUUCGCUAUCGGCAGAAACGUUAGGAUUGUAAAACAACAACAAAACAAAAUAAUAAACAAAAUCAAGAAAAUGUAUGAUAGAAAAUCUCUUUCGUCGGAAAGGAAAGUUUUCUGUGAAGAGGCAUUAUCAUUCACAAGACUUUACAAAUGGAAGGAGAAGUAGUGAAAGACGAAACAAAAAGGAUUUAUCACAAUGAAACGACUAGAGCUUGUCAUGUUUUAAUGGAACUGCGAAAUGCUGGCGAACUAUGUGAUGCUGAAAUUUUAGUAGGAAACACAUCAUUCCCAAUUCAUCGUGUGAUUUUAUCAUCCAGCAGUACCUAUUUCAGAGUACUUUUUACCAACGAGAGAUUCCAAAGUAAUCGUCAGAAAGUGAUUAUUCCCAAUGUGAGCGUCAAUACAAUGAAUUCCAUUCUAGAGUUCGCAUACACACAAGAGUGUAGCAUUAACUGCAACAAUGUCGAAGAUCUUCUAGUAGCUGCUGAUUAUUUCAAUAUGAUUCGCCUCCUGCAAUGUUGUUGUGAAUUUCUGGCAACUGGAUUAACCGCAGAAAAUUGUGUUGGAAUUAGACGACUAGCCCAGAUAUAUUCAUGUCGGGAAUUACAACUUGCAGCGCAUAGGUAUAUACUGCAAAACUUCUCAAUUGUAUACAGACGGUCGGAUGAGUUCCAGCGACUGAAUAUUGAUGAUAUCUGCGAAAUCAUUUCUUCGGAUUGCCUUAAUGUAAAAUCGGAAGAAAUAGUCUUUGAUGGAAUUGUUGAUUGGAUCAGUUACGAUCCAAACAAAAGAAAACAUCAUUUCAACCGACUUUUGCAGAAAGUACGGUUUGAACUGACAUCUGCGUGUUUCAUUGAGCAAGUACAGAGAUAUUGUUGCGCAUGCGGUGAAGAUUUUACUAACAACUUAUUUCAUAUUCCUGUAACCUUUUCUCCCAUGGAAGCUAUUGAUAGAUCACAUGUUAGUUUACCAACUGCAAGAAUUCCUAACCAAAUUUUAUUUGUAAUCGGUGGUUGGAGCGGUGGAAGCCCUACUGGCAUCAUAGAAACAUACGAUAUAAGAGCAGAUCGCUGGAUUGAAUGUCCAUCUGUAAACUCAGGUUCGUUGCUUGGAAACGUCAUUGUCGUACUCUAUGGAAAAUUGUGUUAUUUCUUAAUAGAAAUCUAAGAUUACAUACAGUAA